CAAACAUGGGGGUUGUAGGUGUGUAUUACCUACCUUGCAGAAAUCAUGAUGAUAUUCUUGCCCCACAUGUUGCGAUCAACUGUUUGAGAGCCGCUGCGCUGUUUUCGUGGUCGUUCCUCUGCAGCAUUUGAACUGAUGGCACCAACUGAGAGAAGAUGAGUGGCAGCGCGAAGAAAUAGAUAAAGAAGGAAUAGUCAUGCCGCCUGUUUCUUGCGUCAUGAGUGAUGAUAAUGGGAGAAUUUAGACGCACGGCGAAUAAUCCCCAGGCUGCGGUUGUGGAAAACAAGCACCGCUGCGUCGUAGCAAGUCAAGGAACGGGGGCACACGAUCACGGGCUCUUUGCAGUCGAUUCCUUUCCACACACCCGUGCUCACACACCACAGUAAGCCCUUACGGAAUGAGAAUUAGCAGCACUUACGCAUGUGCGGCUGUUUCGCUCGCGACAUGGCAGCUUUGGACAGGGGAGAGUGCGCGGCUCCAGGACACCAAGGAAACACUGGCGCGCCGGAGCAGAUCACAGAGCGUACUUUCUUUACUGCGUAGUGAGUUGAAGAAGGAAACCACCAAGAUGCGGCGGGAGCUCAGGGAGGAAGUGACAGCGGAGGUGAGCGCCGACUUAGCGCAGAAGAAGUUCAUGAAGGACUGGCACCCGAAGAUGGCCUUCGUGCAGUACAAGCGCCAGGACUGCACAAACGGGCUGCACGCUCUGAUGGUCGAGUUCCCGUGUCUGACGGAGCUAGCGAAAAAAUCCAUUGAAGACUCCGGGGUUCAGGAAACAACGAUCCUCUCGCACUACAACCAGACCGUGCUCAACUACCUGCCGCCUGGUCGAACGGAGUUCUGUCGCUGGGGAAAACCAAAAAAGCAUGCGAUCAUCAAGAAAUCCGAGGCAGGCACAACGGCCCUGCAGCUCGAUCUCGCGGCGGAAAUGUGUUCCAAGAACAAGGUAUUUAUUUGCGGGCGCAGCAGCUGGAGCUACCGCAUAUACUUCUUUUUUCUUAUCGUGUGGUUGGCACAAAUACAGGACAGGUGGGAUGGUGACCGUGAAGUCAAUGCAUAUUUUCCCAAGUAGCUUGCUGCGAAUUCUGAAUGAAUUGGCAAAACAUUUAUCGAUGCCUUCACAGGAUUGCGGCGGUUUUGUGCAUUUCAAUAUCCCAGUGAAAAGCGAUAGUCACCACCAUAAAUCCGAAGCUACAGCAUGAAAAAUAGGCGUCGAGUAAGUUUACUUCUGCAUGAGUCAUGCCUGCUUGAGUCUUUUUUACCUUCUGGUUCUGCACGAAAGUAGAAGGCGAACGGUACAAGUUCUUGGGCAUGCAGCAAAAAGUAGCGGCUUCGUGAGUGCUGCAACGAAAGCGAUCGCAAGCCUUUAGCUGAAGUGGUGGUGGGUAAAAUUUCACAGCGAUACUGUAUGAAGACGUCCCUGCCCCGACAUCUAUCUCGUGAAAUAUUUAUGUUGUUACGUGCUCACAUGAUCAUGUCGGCAGUUCAUCUCUUCCUGUUAGCCUUCGGGUAUGAGAUCGUACUAUCAGUAGAUGUAGAGGAACAAGGCCGCACACCCGGCCCGGAUAGCGAGUCGGAUCGCUGUGACACUAAGCAACAUGUUAUCCCGGGAAAAUAGAGCUAGCGCGCGAUAUCAAUUUUGAUGUCCCCCCCUAGUGCAGGAUAAAUGAUGAUGAUGAUGAUGCUGCACGUCCCCCCUCCGCACGCCCCCUCUCCCCAAGUGCAGGAUAAAUGAUGAUGAUUAUGAUGAUGCAGAAAUGAAUUUCUUGGGCAUUGUUUUUCCUCGCUGAGACAGCACGCUGCAGGGGAUUUUUUCUGGGUUUCGUUUUGCAUCUGAGAUACGGUCUGCUUCUUUUUUUCUGUGUGAUACUACAUGUUUUUGCACCGAAUCACCGUCCCGACUGACGGUCUGGAGCUCAAGGUUCGGAAAUAUCAACUUGAAGAGUGCCUCACCAAUGUUGGUAAUGCGAACUCUGAUGGAAGCUCGUGAUGAAGAACCUCACCUUGUGUAUGGCGUUUACUAAGUAACAUUUGCAAUAUUGUCAUGGUAGAGAGUUUGCAUUGCAGCACUGUGCUUCAAAUCGAUCACUGGCCACUGUAAGGAGCGCUAAUCCUAUAAAUAUGCAGUCUUUCGACUUCUUGCAUCAGGACAAUUUUUUUUUUUACAACUUUUCCUUAAUUUACCUGGCUGUGGGGCACGGUUCAGGUUCAUAGAAAACCAGGUGGCAGUGCGACCGGUAGCGUGGAGUACGUGACUCACGUCCAAGAAGACGGGAUAUCCCGAGCAAAAAUCAUCCUUCCCCUUACUGAAAAGUGAGGUUUGGCAUGCUGAUCUGUGGUCGCAGAUGUUUAGCAUGAAGAGAGAGUGAGAUGAGUUAGGCAGUUCCGAUGUCCACUGCGUUUUAGCCUGCAUGAUGCGUCCAUCCAACGUACGCGAAUGCAAGCUAUACUGCUACGUCACACAUCAAAAGUUCUGGGAGGGAGCUGCGAUCCCGUGGCAGACGAUUUGUGUACACAGAUCCCGUCGAUGACAAGCCUCCGUUCGAGUGUGGGGUGGGGGGAUUUUUCAUUUCGAUGCGGGACGACCCCACAGAAGGUUUUCUUUUUGCUGCACCUAAAAAUCGAAAGGAUAUGAUGUACGCAGAAUAACCGUUAAAUAAUUCUCAGAAGUAGUACUUGACGUGAUUCCGCGUUGGAACGACGAGGCGUUUUUCGUUUCACGAGCGAUACUGUUCGUGUUGUACCAAAAAUAUUAAACCUGCACAAAACAGGCCAAGCCGGGGGACAUCGUCUUUCUAAUCAGUGCGGCCGACUGCGCUGCGAUUUUGUUUGAUAUCAAAGUUGAACGCAAUACCAUUCCUUCGCGCCUCUCUUUGCAUGCCAGCACCGAGUUGUAGUUAGCGCACCAGCGCUCCGUCCUGAGACGUAAUAAAGAACAAUUUGAGAAAGAGAAAGGUGCGGAGAGAUUUUGUUUCAACCCCAUACCGAACCCCCUUGACAAGACCAAGCAAAUAACACAAACGAAGUGCGACGAGCUUGCGGCGGAUGCGUCCAAUCCCAGGACGUGCAAAACGGGGUGCGUCCGUGCGAGUCACUGCGUGGAAGACCAGAAGGAAAAUACGUACAUCAAAAAGCGGAUUAUCAUGGCGGAUUUCGGCUCCGAGACGGAGGAGUACCUGAAGCGUGACGACAUGUUAUUUCAAUGAAAAAUGCCCCCUUCCCAUAUCAAAACGGAAAUCUGUGAUGCAGAUUUGUGGUCACAAAUCAGCUUUGUGAUGCUAGAAGGCAAAAAGUGCGGACUGUAGUGCUGCCUAGCGUGGGAAAGCCUUGCAGCUCCAGGAUGACAGGAGGCAACUGGAAGUGGGAAACAGCAUGACAGAUUGCCUGCAAUUUAGGCCGCAGCUUCGUCUCUUGGCCCUCUAGCAAUACAAGUCGAUUUGUGUACUCAAAUACAGCAUCACAAAUUCGCGCGUCUUCCGUUUCCGAUAUGGGGUGGGGGUUUUUUUCACUUUGAUACAUGUACGAGGGAUCCUCUGCUACAUAAGCGAACACGGGGUCCCGCUGACCAUCGCAAGCGAGGAGUUGUACUCUUCUGCUGCGGUGGUGAGGAUGAAGAAGAAGUAUUUCCGAAUUCGAAGUUGCUGCCGCAUACUUGCCGCGUUUUCACCAACAUAAGACGUCUUCCAAACCGCGUGCCGGCGCAAAACCAAGGUCGCUUGGUACGGGCAGGAGGUUUCUGGUGCUGCCUCCGCACGACACAAUUUCUCGAAGUACGGCCACUGUCUGUGGACGAACCCACGACAUUAUUUCCGUUGAGGAACGCGAUAAGUACGUGGGUUCACAGCUCGAAUAGACGAUUGAAUAGGGUUACUACAACCAGUUCCUAAUGGCAUUAUGGCAACAGAAAUUUAUACUUGGCAAGAAAAAGUUCAGGAUGUAAGAUUUUUUUCACAAAGAAGCAGACCGCAAAUGCGGUUACUAGCACGAAAUUUUGCGUUGUACAUGAUGACUUCUGUUUUUGUUUAACCGCAAAGGCGGCAAAUUGAAGGUCGACACAUGUUCAUAUUUGAACCACAGCACAACAACCAAAUGUCAUGUAGCAAAGAUGAUUGCCCCUCGUCUAAUCUGCCGAUAACGCUUAGCCGCUUGUGCUUUUGCUUGAGCUUCUGAAAAGCGACAUAAACCGCCGGGUCUUCAUAUUGUUCGCGCAUGGGCCAAUAGAAGAUACAUGUAGACCACGUUUCGUGCGUUCUGCAUGGCCUGG